AUUUUACCAAUCACAACCUUUACGGUUGGAAACUGGAAGAGGGAGUCUACUCAUGAAGGAAACUUGAAUGCCAUAUUCUUCUAUACCUCGAAGAAGGUGUUGUGGGAAUUUAAAGAGGUGCCAUGGAAUUGCAAGAUGGAAGUUGCUUGGUCUGAUAUCACUGCCAUUGAGGCUGUUAUGAACCCUGAUCAACCCGGAAUUCUUCGAAUUCAGGUCCCAUUUCCCACAUAUUUCAUUUUUAUGAGCUUUGUGAUGGAAUUGAAUUGAAGUAAUUACUAUGCAGUUGGCUAAACCUCCUCUCUUCUUCCAAGAAAUCCCAUCUCCACCAAGGCAUCAUCCCAACAGGCAGACAUAUGAAUUUGCUGAUGGUCAAGCCCUUAUUUCGAGGGUCCAUGAAGCUAUAUUCCCUCCUGGAGCACUGGAUAAGCAUUUCAAGGAGCUCCUCAUAAACGAUGAGCAUUUGGCUGAGCUCAGUGGCAUGCCCUUUCCGACCCAUGAUUCUGUUUUUCCCGAGCCAACAUUUGUCGACGGAUCAUCAAGCGAAGUACAACAUUUGUCGCCACCCCCUCCCCUUGCUGAUUCACUCAUGUCUGCCAGAUACCGAGCCAAGUGGAACCCGGGCUGGUCAGAUCAAUUCAAGUGGGCUAAACCUAUUUUUCCCAAUGGAGUGCUACUCGUAAAAUGUCACGUGUGUUGCUUGAACGAAAAGCGGGGCUUGAGCCCAUUUGCGAAUGACGGAGCUAAAACGGUGAAUCAUAAGUCUUUGUUGGCACACGGAGCUAGCAAACUGCACAAAGAAUCGGUGGAACUCUUUCCAGACGUCUUGGCUAGCCUUCCCACGAGCGUUGUUCCAUUCGAGGGUCCGGCCUCGAACAUUCCUACGGCCAGUAGAAAACGCAAAGUUUCUACAUUGUAUGACUCGUUGUCAAACGACUUUCCAUGGGCCUUCUUCCGAAAGAAUAGUGCGGACGAAGAGCAUGUUAUAUGCAAGUAUAGCGUCUCGUUUGCAGUGAGUGCAAAAAGCAGCUUUGCUGAUCAAGGCGGCGCUAGUUUUAUACACCAAUCCCUGGCCCAUCAUGAGGACACUACUGACCAUAAAAACGCUGUACAAAACGCACCAGCAUCAAGGAAUGCUGUUGUCGUGGGGAAUCAAAUCGACAACGAGCCAGCAUUUGUCGGCGGAUCAGAAAGUGAAGCACAACAUUUGGAGCAAGAUUAUGAAACUGUUGAUGAGGAGACCUUGGCCGAGGCACUAGCAAGGGAGGCGGACGCAGCGUGUGAUGAAGACUUGUGGUCGAUGAUCGACGAAUAUAUGUCGCAAACUGAUCAGGAAGAUCAUGGCAAUGAGCUAGUUGGAGGUGGUUGUUGGAAUAUAGGAAAUAUAUUGGAGGAGUAUUUUAGUUUGGAGGAAAUAUUUGAGGAGACAAUGGAUGGAAUAUGUGGGAAAUGUUUUAGGAGAAAUUGGUGAUGUGGGAAAA